AUGGCUCGUUUAAAGAAGAGAACAACAAGAAGAAAGACUUCUAAAAGACCUACUGUUCGUCGUGGUAGGCGUGUAUAUAAACGACGUGUAUAUAGAAAAAGAAGAAGAUAUUAUAGACGACGCCGGUUGUUAUCACAACCAAAUACUGUUAAAUUGAAGAGUAAGCUUGUUUGCUCAAUAGUAGAGUUUAUUGCUAUUCCUGAGAGAGAUAGUUUACCACAAAUAUUGACUAUGGCUGCUUAUCCUUCUAAUAAUGGAAUUGCUGUACCUGUUCAAGAAGCUGAAUUAGAUUUUAGAAUGAUUGGACAGAAAUUUAUGACUGUGCAGUCUGUAGAUACUGCUAAUAGUAUUUUAAGAACAGAGCAAAUAGCAUUAUCACCACCUAUUUUUGUAGCAUGGAAUCCAUAUUUAGAUCAUAAUGUAAUGGGAAAUCUAUGGGAUUCUUAUUGUGAUAUGUAUGAUUAUUGGAAAUUUAGUGGAGUAAAGGUUAAAUGGAUACCAAAGGUUAAAACGAGUGUUGCUUUACCUUAUAUGCCUAAAAGUAUUGCUACUAAUUCAAGUCAAGUUAUUUGA